GGACACCUUCCAAUGGAGGUUUCGAUCCCUGCCCUGCUGCUGCUGCUGUGGCUGAAGGCGCUGCUCAACUGGCUGGUGGUUCUCACCCAAUGGCCCCACAUGGUGAGGACCUUCUCCGGGUUCCUGUGCAUUUCUCUGGCUUUGGUGGACACCUUCUUGGACGUGGUGGUCACUCAGGUCUUUUUCAUGGAGAACUUUUCCAUCUUUGGUUUGCACUUCACCAGAUACCACAUCUGCCUUCUGGUCCAGGCUGCUGGAUUCAUCUAUGGCGUUCUGCACUGGCCUGCAUUCCUUCUCAUAGGGGUUGACAGCUACUUCACAGAGUCCACCACAGAGGUCCCCUGGCCUCGAAAACUCACACACACCUGCGGAUCGCUCUUGCUCUGGGUUCUCGCCACAUUCUAUGUCUUCUGGAGACCCGAUUCCAGCCCGAUAAUGGAGGACGAGCACCAAUGCAAACUGACCAGCAGGUCUCAGAGCAGCCAGGUGGCCACAGUGGUGCUCCUAGCACUGGCCGCCGUUCUUGUCUGCACAUCCGUUCUUCAGGAAAAGGGGAGAAGGUUCCAGAGCCAAGCCAAUCUGAGAUGCUCGGUUUCUGCCUUCCUCAGCACCUGGAGCCCCUUCCUGGUGCUGCUGGCUUUCCUGCUGGGCUCCCAGGUGGAGAUUCCAGCCUAUCUGGACAUGAACGUGCCCUGGCUGUGCCUCCUGCACAGCUUCCACAUCACGCUGACUCUGAGGAGCUGCUCAUGUCUGUUGUGCUCGCCGAAAAUGCAGAAACGGUGGGUUUCUGUCUGUGGACGCAGUGCUUGAUGUGAUGUACAGGACAGAAUGAAGGAAACGCUGAAGCAAAGGACUUUAAGGUGAUGAACUGGGCGGAAGCUACGUGAGGUAGGAAUAUGAGGGAAAACGUGCAACUGGAAAUGUUUAUUGAGAUUGUGUGAGGAGCACUGGAGCCUUCAGAACUGAAGCGGAACCUCUUAGAACGUCCAGCAUCUCUCAGUAUAGAAACUAUGAGGCAGAGGUCGGUUUCUGGUUGGAACUGUCCGUUCCACCUUAAACGAGGCUCCAGAAAGUAACAGCUGCGUCAUUUUAGGUGGAACUUAAAGGUCCAACCAGAAGCUGGCGAAUGAGAAAGCUUGGGCAGCAGAAUGCAAAGGGAGGCCAAAAUAAAAGAAACACUUAAAAAAGGAAUUAAAAGGGCCCAUAUAUAAAAAUUUUUUUGCACUUUAUUCCUCCGGUCUUGUGAUCCACUUCAAAGUUCUAACAUUUGUGCUGCUUUUACUCACCAAAAAUAUUCACAAUUCAUUUUUACACGACUACCUCAAACCUGUUUACUUAUAAAAGGGAGAAAAGCUCAGCUUUCCACCAUAUGGCCCCUUUAAUAGCCACAUUAUCUUCAAACCCCACGCUGUCAGGCAGAAAUAUGAGGAAAAAGCAGUUUAGAUCCAACCUUCAGACAAAAACACCAGACAUUGCUGCGUUGCACUGACUUGAUUUGAAAGGAAAUUAAACCAAAGAAUUGAAAGUAUUGCACGGUUAAGAUGUAAAUAUAGUCACAGUGGUGGUGAUAGGAACCAGACAUCCCCCUCUAAA